AUGACACUGUCAGCAGACUCUGUAGCUCAGGCUGUCGAAGCAGUGGCCAACAAUGGUGUCAGCGACGGCAACAAGAAGCGGCCUUACCUUCUCUUCUGCGCGGCGCCAGCAACAGGACACACCUAUCCCCUCCUUCAGGUCGCUGAUGAGAUGAUCCAACGCGGUUUUGAAGGCACGUUCAUCGCCGGCGAAGAAUUCCACCCUCAAGUCAAGCGCAUCGGUGCCCAGCAUGUUAGCAUUCCGCCCAUGUUGAACCCCGAGGAGCAAGCCAUUCGCGAAAAAAUUCCUGUUGGCAUACCCCGCCUGAUGUACGACCUCAGCAACGUCUUCAUUAAGGCUGUGACGCCUCACUUCCAUGUCCUCAUGGAAACUCUCGAAAAGAUCCGUGUCGAGCAUCCCGACAAGCAAGUCGUUAUUGUCCACGAGACGUUCUACAUGGGUCUUGCCCCUAUGAUGUACGGCACGCCUCUACCCAAGGGCUACACCACAAGACCGCCCGUCGUCGACAUCAACAUUGUCCCCGUCGUGACCACGAGUAUUGACACCGCGCCGUUCGGACCUGGUCUGCCUCCCGACUCGACAGAGUCCGGCCGCGGGCGGAAUAAGCUCCUCAAUGAGAUGUUCUUCAGCCCAAUGGGCCCAUUCGGUGCGGCAGCAAAGGAGUACAACGACGUUGUCAAGGCGCUCGGCGGUACGCGCGAGCUUCCGCCAGCCUUGUUCGAAUCAUGGCAAACCAGCUACGACGUUACCCUGCAAAUGUGCUCGCCCAGCCUCGAGUACCCCAGAUCGGAUCUCCCCGACGUCAUCAAGUACGCGGGAUGUUUACCGCCCAAGCCCAUCGACCCGAACUACAAAUACCCAGAAUGGUGGGGUGAAAUCACGGCCGGAAACAAGAAGGUUGUGGGAGUUGCUCAGGGUACCAUCGCUAUCGACUACACAGAUCUUAUCAUUCCCACGAUACAAGGUCUGGCUCACCGCGACGAUAUCAUUCUCGUUGCCAUUUUGGGUGUCAAGGGCGCGACACUUCCCGAGGAGCUCACGAUUCCGGCCAAUACCAAGGUUAUCGACUUUCUCUCAUACGAUGCCCUGCUCAAGCACGCAGAUGUUUGGGUCCUGAAUGCUGGCUAUGGAGGCUUCCUGCACGGGAUAGUGAAUGGGGUACCUAUGGUGCUCGGAGGCGACACAGAAGACAAGCCGGAGAUUUCCAUGCGUGGGCAAUGGACGGGUGUAGCUGUUAAUCUCAAGACUGGUCGCCCGACGUCGCAACAAGUUGCAGAGGGAGUAGAGGAGGUGCUUGCCAACGACAAGUAUAAGAAGCGGGUGAUGGAGAUCAAGAAGGAGAACGAGGAUAUGAAGGCCCUUGAUGUUAUAGAGAAGCACAUUUGGGAGUACGCGGAUUCGGCAUAG